AUGGCGGCGAGCUCCGCCCACCUCUGCUGCCGCGCCGCAAUCAAUAAUGCAGGGCUCUGCGGCAGAGGAAGCACUUCCUUUCUUACAGCGGCGCCCGGGCUGGAGAACGGGAAGUUCUGCUGCAGGGCACAGGACACUGGGCCGUUGGACACGACACCUGGAGGAAGCCCUGGAGAAGUAUCAGAAGUGCAUCAGCGUAAGCAGUUUUGUCACUGGCCCUGUAAAUGCCCUCAUCAGAAGCCCAGGUGCCCUCCUGGAGUGAGCUUGGUGAGGGAUGGCUGUGGAUGCUGCAAAAUCUGUGCCAAGCAACCAGGGGACACCUGCAAUGAAGCCCACCUCUGUGACCCGCACAAAGGGCUAUACUGUGAUUAUUCAGCAGACAGGCCUAGGUAUGAGACUGGAGUGUGUACCUAUCUUGUAGCUGUUGGAUGUGAGCUCAAUGGGGUGCAUUAUCAUAAUGGCCAAGUGUUUCAGCCCAAUCCCCUGUUUAGCUGCCUUUGUGUGAGUGGGGUAAUCGGAUGCACACCUCUGUUCAUACCAAAGCUGGCUGACAGUCGCUGCUCUGGGACUAAAGGCGAAAAGAAGGCUGAUCAAUCAAACUGUCAUCUGGGACCAUUACAACAGCAGCUCUCAAGAAACUAUAAAACUAUGCCAGCUUAUAGGAAUCCCCCACUUAUUUGGAAAAGAAAAUGUCUUGUGCAGGCAACAAAGUGGACACCGUGUUCCAGAACAUGUGGGAUGGGAAUAUCUAAUAGGGUAACCAAUGAAAACAGCAACUGUGAAAUGAGAAAAGAGAAAAGGCUGUGUUAUGUUCAGCCUUGCAACAGUAAUAUAUCAAAGACAGUAAAGAUCCCCAAAGGAAAAACAUGCCAACCUACUUUCCAACUCUCGAAAGCUGAAAAAUUUGUCUUUUCUGGAUGCUCAAGUACUCAGAGUUACAAACCCAUUUUCUGUGGAAUAUGCCUGGAUAAGAGAUGCUGCAUCCCUAAUAAGUCUAAAAUGAUCACCAUUCAGUUUGACUGCCCAGAUGAAGGGUCGUUUAAAUGGAAGAUGCUGUGGAUUACAUCUUGUGUAUGUCAGAGGAACUGCAGAGAUCCAGGAGAUAUAUUUUCUGAGCUCACGAUUCUAUAAAAAUAAGCACAUGGCGGGUUAGUGAAUCAUGUCAUUACACCAAAGAAUCUGAGUGGCUACACAAGGGUGGCAAAUCGACUUUCUUAGUUAAAAAAAUAAAAUA